AUGGCGUCAUCUCCGAGGCAAGAGCCCGACGACGAGCCCCCGAUGGACCCCGAAUCGUGGGGAAUGCCCCUCAUUCCAAACGCCGAAGUCCCCCAAAAUGUUGUUGACGCCAUGAAGGUGGCAGGAGCGACCUAUUCCACCAUGUCAGACGGUGGGCUGUGCAUGAUAGAAGUGCGGCAUGGAGAUCAUGCGUGGGAAGUGUACGAGAAGUGGCUAAACUUGUUUGACGGGGGAACGAUGUUGGUGUGUGCCUCCUUCCGCCCCACCGUAGACGAGUUCGACGUGUGCCCGUCGCGGGAGAAGGGAUCCCAUAUCACUUGGGAAGUCAACUCGAUUGUGCACCACUUUUCAGGACUUACCAUGGACAACUUGCCCGUGGGGCAAAGAAUUCCUGCACCCACCGCCGACACCCUGGUGAUUGAGAAGAUGCGCGACCCCCGAGUGGCGCUCGAUCCGUUGAUCGAAUGCCUCCGAGAUCCCCCCGAUACGUACGAAACUCUCCAUGGAUUGCCCGCUGGAUCCUACCUGUGCGAUCUCCAGCAUAUUUGGACUGGCACCAUCGUUAUGAUGGCCAUUUUCAAGUAA